CAACAGGAUGUAUCUAUGCUUAUUCAGCAUGUUGUACUAUUUGAAUGACUCUUGUCCUGGCAGUGAGAUCUGACAGCUGCAAAAAAGGAGGUCAUGCGUGUUGGGCUGCGACCACGCAGUGGCUGCCUUGUGCUGUGUCUGGGCCUGUCUGCCGUCACAAUGCUGCUGCAGAGCUUCUGGGUACCUCAAGAAAUGUCUACAUAUGAACCUUCUAGGAGGUUACGUGCACAAGAUCAAGGUCAGCAAAGUCUGGGUUUACACAAGCUGAGCCUUCGUUUGGAGGCCCUUAAUACUCAUGUGCAGAGGCUGAGCAGACAACAAAAUACAAAGAUGACCCCAGAUGACCUUCUAGGAGUUCUACAGAGCUUUAGACAGGACCAGCAAGGCUUGGCCCGCUUGGUCAAGAGAGAGCUGAAGAAAGUUUCCCACACGCUGGACCAGUUAAACCAUCAUCACCUGCCUCACACAUCUACCACACAUGGCAGUCAUGGUGAAAGCACAGGACCCAAAGAGUGGUGUGUGGUGCCGGUGGAUCCUGCAUAUCCACUGUGUGCAGAGAAAGUUGAGUUCCUGCAGGCCCAGUGGCAGUCAGACCCCUGCUAUGCCUUCUAUGGUGUGGACGGCACCACCUGCUCCAUAUUGACUUACCUCAGCCAAAUAGAGAACUUCUGCCCCCCUCUACCUGGCCGGAACUUGUCUUCUCCCCCAUGGCAUCAGAAACCACCGCCAUAUACUAAUAAAGCUGAGAUACGUUCAACGCUGAAACUGCUCUUUGAGGCCAUCGGCAACAACAGCGGUGCUGCAGUGACAUUCAUGCUGUCCAGAGUGGAAAUGAUGUCGGAGUGCUGGAAACAGGCUGCUGUCAGGAUGAGACAGCACAACAAGACUCAUAGCUCUCAGAUGAAGGUGCUGCUUUAUCCUGGUGCCCUGGCUGGGGAUGGAGGCCAACGUUUCCAAGCCAUGGUGGAAAGAGGUGGUCCUCUUGGAGAGCUAGUUCAAUGGGCAGAUCUUAGUGCCUGUUUGACCAUCCUGGGACACAAUCUGACACUGAGCACCUCACAGCAUCACCUCCGCAGCCUGAUUGGUGCCCCUCCUGGCCGAGGCAGCUGUCCCAUUAAGGCACCCCUGACCUUUGACCUCAUCUAUACCGACUACCAUGGCCUAGCUCACCUUCGAGGAGCCAUGGGACUGGCUUUCCAGCAUUACCAGUGUCGCUUCAGAAUCCUGGACUCAUUUGGCACUGAGCCGGCCUUUAACUUGGGAAGUUACGCAAGCAGCCAUGGCUAUAAGACACUGUGGGGCAGCUGGAACCUUCACCCUUUGCAGUACAUGACCAUGUUCCCACAUACGCCUGAUAAUUCCUUCCUGGGCUUUGUAAGUCAAGAGGCAGGACAGGGGCAGGAGUCUGACCUCUACAGGAAGGAGAAGAUAGCAGUCAUCUAUGGCAAGCAGGAGUACAUGUGGCAGGGAAAAUCGGAAUAUAUACAGGUGAUUAGUGAAGAUCUGGAGACUCAUGCUACUGUCUACCAGCCUCCAGGACAUGUCUCCACCUUGCCCAGUUUUGUGAGAAACCACGGCCUGCUCUCCCAACAACACUUCCUGCGACUCCUCCGCACAGCCAAGGUGUUUGUAGGUCUUGGUUUUCCGUACGAGGGUCCAGCACCUAUCGAGGCUAUCGCUCUGGGCUGCAUUUUCCUCCAGCCACGUGUCAGUCCGCCUCACUCCUCAGACAAUAACGACUUCUAUAAAGGCAAACCCACAACAAGACAGAUAUCCUCCCAGCACCCCUAUGCUGAAGAUUUCAUUGGUCGGCCUCACGUGUGGACGGUGAAUGCGACAAACAGGACACAAGUGCGGGAAGCUGUCAAAGAAAUUCUACGCACAGAGGUUAAGCCUCUAACGCCAAGAGAGUUCUCCUGUGAUGGAAUGCUGGAGCGGGUCCAUCAUUAUAUCACUCACCAGAAUUUCUGCAGUGCAUCAAUCACCACAUGGCCGCCCAAAAGUGCUCUAAGAGUCCACCUGGGUCCUCUCGGUCAGUCAUGUGUAAGCGUGUGUGCACGGUCCUCCCUGGUGUGUGAGCCAUCACUCUUUCAACGACUUAACAACCUUGAAGUGUUCACCAGUCUUGGAAUCGGUUGUGCCAGCACACUGGAGGAAGUCAACCACAUAUUCCCCGCCUACACCCCCUGGGGUCGACUCUGUCAACUUCAGCAGGAACCGCUGCUGUUCAGCUGUUCCGGUUCUGACCCUUCCCACCGCCGCCUGUGUCCGUGCAGAGCUUAUCGACCUGGACAGGUGGCACUAAGCCCUUAGGACAUGGAGGACAUGGCAGGAAUGAAGUAUGAAGUUAAGGAAUCAGGUCCAUCAGUGCUUCCUUUUGUGUAGAUUUGUUUUCACUUUGACUAAAGAGGACAGCUUCACUGCUGAUGCUACAUAAAAAACAAAUGAGACUUAAAUC